CUGACUCAUGAAUAACUUUUCCAUAAGCCAUCUCUGUCUCUUCCCCUUUGCCUCUCUUUACCUGCAAAACCGACCGCUCUCUACCGGAGCCCGCACACUCUCUCUCUGCCCUACCCACUAUCCAAGUCCCCUCUUUCUACCAGCUGAAACCCUCUGCAACCCCAAGCUCCCCCACCCAGUCCCGGACUCGCUUAAGCCAUUAAAGACAUAUCUGGUUAACAGAUUCUCACUGGUGAAGCAUUCGUGGUGCGAUUUUAGUUUAAUUUAAGUUUCUGGUUUGGAAUCUUUCCAUGGAAGAAGAAGUUAAGAAGGCAGAUGUUGAAAGAGAAGAUACCUUCAAGAGCUUGGGCGUCUGUGAUCAAUUGGUUGAUGCCUGUGUUAAUUUGGGUUGGAAAACCCCAACUAAGAUUCAAAUUGAGUCCAUUCCUCAUGCCUUACAAGGAAAGGAUAUUAUUGGAUUGGCGCAAACCGGGUCCGGAAAGACUGGAGCUUUUGCAAUCCCCAUUCUCCAAGCACUAUUGGAGAAUCCCCAGGCUUUCUUUGCUUGCAUUCUUUCUCCUACGAGGGAGUUGGCCAUUCAAAUAUCUGAACAGUUUGACGCUUUGGGAUCUGGAAUAGGCGUCAAAUGUGCAGUGGUUGUAGGAGGCAUAAACAUGAUGGAUCAAGCAAUUGCCCUGGCAAAACGGCCUCAUGUUGUGGUGGGAACUCCUGGGCGAUUGUUGGACCAUUUAACCAAUACAAAGGGUUUUAGCCUUCGCACACUAAAAUACUUGGUCCUAGAUGAGGCAGAUAGAUUGUUGAACAUGGAAUUUGAGAAAGAAAUUGAUGAAAUUUUGGAAGUGAUUCCGAGGGAGCGAAAAACAUUUUUAUUUUCAGCCACUAUGACUAAAAAGGUGUCCAAACUUCAGAGGGCAUGUUUGAAGAACCCUGUGAAGGUUGAGGCAUCGUCCUCAAAAUAUUCUACUGUAGAUACUCUUAAGCAGCAAUUUUGCCUGGUUCCUGCAAUUUAUAAGGAUUGCUAUCUGGUGUACAUUCUGACCGAGAUGUCCAAGUAUACAGCAAUGGUUUUCACUCAAAAGUGUGAAUCAACUCGACUUCUAGCCUUGAUGCUUCGUAACCUUGGUUUAAGGGCUAUCUCAAUCAGUGGUCAAAUGAGUCAGCCGAAGAGAUUGGGGGCCCUAAACAAGUUCAAAGCAGGAGAGUGUAACAUUCUUGUAUGCACAGAUGUUGCUAGCAGAGGCCUGGAUAUCCCUUCUGUAGAUAUGGUGAUCAACUAUAAUGUGCCCAUGGAUUCCAAGAAUUACAUUCACAGGGUAGGCAGGACAGCACGUGCUGGCAGGUCGGGGAUUGCCAUUUCGUUGGUGAAUCAGUACGAAGUAGAGCGCUAUAAACAGAUAGAGAUUCUCAUUGGGAAGGAGCUCCCUGAGUAUCAGGUGCAAAAAGACGAAGUCUUGCUACUGUUAGAUCGAGUUAAGGAGGCCACGAAACUCUCUCAUGCGAGAAUCAAUGAGAGUCCAGGGAACAAGAAAAGAAGGAAAGUUGAUGAUGACGAUGAUGAAGAUAGGAGGUUUGCUCCCAAAAGCACAAAGAAGUACAAAAGGUCGAAAUACUGAUAAUUCUGUUUGCGUUCAGCUGUUGAAGAGAGAGAGAGGGCAAUUUUGUUCUGCCACUAUCAUGGGAGUAAUUUCGUUAUGCGAAUUUCACUCCCAAAGAUUGAUCGAGAAAGAUUCCAUCUUGCGAAUUUCUGACUAAUUUCUCAAGGGAAAGCAACCUUCUUUUUUCACCAUUUAUAUGAUGCCAUUGCAUCGAGUGACUUUAGGUUCAAAAUGUCGUUAUAGAGCAGUGAUCCAAUGCAACGGUUGUAUCAUAGUAUAAUGGAACGACACUUCUAAAAAAUAUAUUUGUGGUAUUUGUUGUA